CUGCGGGCCCGGGAGAGCGGCACGCGACGUCCCCUCUCGUUCCGCGCGUCCGUGUCGCGGCGGCAGUGCGACGCCGCGGCGCUCAGCGGCGACAAGACCAUCGCGCACCGAUGGAGCGGGGGCGUCAACUGCCUGGAGCUCGACGAGACCGAGCGACGGUACCUCCUCGCGGGCACCGUGGACGCGGUCGUCGCCGUGUACGACACGGAGCAGCCCACGAAGACGGACCGAACCACGGGCCACGCCACGCACGAGCCCCUCAUACGCGUCGCCAAGGGAUCCGCCGAGGGUGCCGAGGGAGGAGCGACAAAUGGGGGAGCGCGGGGCACCGGGGGCCACCUCUUCAGCGUCUCGUGCGCGGCGUGGUACCCCAUCGACACGGGCAUGUUCUUCACGGGCUCCUUCGAUCAGACCGUCGCGGCGUGGGACACCAACACCGCCUCACGCGUCCUCACCUUCCACUUUGACGCCAAGGUGUACCACAUCUCCAUGGCGCCCAACGCGAAUUCGCACUGCCUCGUGGCGGUUGGCACCGGCCACCCACAGGUCAGGCUGUGCGACCCGAACAGCGGCAACGUGACGCACACGCUGACGGGACACAGGGAGGCGGUGUGGGCCACGCGGUGGAUGCGUGGGAGCGAGUGGAUCCUCGCGACGGGCGGAGGCGACGGGGACGUCCGUCUGUGGGACAUUCGCAGGGCGGGUUCAUUCAUGAGGCUGGACGCGAGCAACGUCCGCGUUGGCGAGGUGGACGCCCUGGAGGAGGCGCUCGAGGCACCAGACCGGGGGUUCAUACCCGCGGGUCCCGCGCCCCUCACCAGACGUAACGUGGACUCCGUCCCGGCGCACCUCUUCUCCGACGACGCCGUCAGAUGCGGCGGCUCGGGUUGGGGAGGUACGAGCGGGGGUACCCUAAGCCGGCGGAGGUACAGGGGCGGCGCUUACGGGGACGCCGCGGGCGCUCACGACGGGCGCGUCACCGCUCUGCAGAUCACGCCGGACGGUUUGUACCUCGCGUCCGCCGGAACGGACGGCAGGGUGCGGGUAUGGGACCUGUCGGACGGCAGGAACAUGGAGAUGGACUUUGGGUACGUCCCGAACGACGCGAGGAAGGCGACGCAGCUGGGGGUAUCGCCGGACGGUUCGCGGCUGUAUUGUCCCUCGAGCGACGGCGACGAGGGAAAAAAACGGCUGACCCCCCGGCCGUUUCGGACGCUGAAGGGGCACAUCACCGCCGCGUGCGCCGUCGCCGUCAACGGCCACACCUCCGAGGUGUACACGGGCGGCGCGGACAGGCACGUCCUCGUGUGGAGGCCG